AUGGGUAUCUCACGCGACUCUCGUCACAAGCGCUCGGCUACCGGCGCGAAGAGGGCCACCUACCGCAAGAAGAGGGCGUUCGAGAAGGGUCGCCAGCCCUCCAACACCCGUAUCGGAACCAAGAGAAUCCACCUGGUCCGCACCCGUGGUGGUAACCAGAAGUUCCGUGCCCUUCGUCUCGAAUCCGGCAACUUCUCGUGGGGUUCUGAGGGUAUCUCCCGCAAGACCCGUGUCAUCGUUGUGGCCUACCACCCCUCCAACAACGAACUGGUCCGCACCAACACCCUGACCAAGUCGGCCGUCGUUCAGAUCGAUGCUGCUCCUUUCCGUCAAUGGUACGAGGCCCACUACGGCCAGCCUAUCGGCCGCCGUCGCCAGCAGAAGACCGAGACCACCGAGGAGAAGAAGUCCAACAGCGUUGUGAAGAAGCAGGCUGCUCGCUUUGCUGAGCAGGGCAAGGUCGAGUCUGCCGUCGAGCGUCAGUUCGAGUCCGGACGUCUGUACGCUGUUGUGUCGUCCCGCCCCGGCCAGAGCGGCCGCGUGGACGGAUACAUCCUGGAGGGUGAGGAGCUGGCUUUCUACCAGCGUGCUAUCCGCAAGUAA